AUGGAUCCACCCAAUUCACAAGGUUCAAAGACUGACGAGGAGACGGCGUUGAAGAGCCUGUUCGAUGUUUUCAGUUCAGUUUGCUCACUCGAAGAAAUAGCCUCCGCCUAUUUGAGGGCCGGGGGCGAUGUGAAUACGGCCGGUGAAAUGCUAUCUCAGCGUCAAGGAACAACACCAACUGAUGGGUUUCAGUCCUGCGACGACAUCGUGAUCAGUGAUAUACACUCCGUUCAAUCACAGCUUGAGAACGUUGUUAAGGAGCCGAACUAUCUUUACCAGGGUUCCCCUAUUUUAAAGCCAGAAAAGCUAACUGCAUCAACGGGCAUAGUUUCAGCAGUCUUGGGGAAGGGAUAUUAUUUAUCUACUUCAUCCCACUCUGAACGAUCGAGGCCAUCAAAACCAUUGAAAAUAGUGCUGAAGGAACCUGUGGUGGAUGAUGCUGCUUGGAAAACAGUUUCAUCUGCAUCUACUACGGAAAAUGCUCCUGCAGAGAACCAGGACACUAUAGACUUUUUGUUCUCCAUGCUGGGGGAUGGCUUCAAGCUUGACAAGAAUGUGAUCAAAGAUGUUCUCGGUGAGUGCGAACUUAGGUCUUCAAUACACUCUUAUCCUUUGUGCCGCAGUAGUCUCUGCAUCCUUUCAUGGAUUAACAUUUGAUUAUUAGUUCUACCCCGGUAAGAAAAUAGGAAUCCAUACAAACUUGGGACCCAACACGGUAAUAAAAUAGUAUCCUCAUGGUUAGACCAUGCUCCUAACAUUUGUUAAAAGAAAGGUGCAUUAGCGGUUGCAUAAAACGAUGGAAUCUCUUUCUUGCUGUCGGUGAACGCAAGAAGGUCCUGAAUAACAAAUAAUGAGAAAAUGAAUUUAUUGACGUAAUGACACAAGAAAUUGCUUGUUGAAAGUUCCUUAUUUCUUUUCCUUUGACUCGUAGAUGUGAAGUUAAUCGUGUCUUUGCCAAAGAUUAUUCAAUCAACUAGAACUUACCGAUUAUUAAAUCAACUUGUUGCAUAUUUUUUUUUAUAUUUUGUUGUUAUUUUCUUCGUUUUCGUGCGAAGACAGAUGUUUGAAAUUAUGCAUAUCUACAAUAUGUAUCAUAGCAGUUGGGAAUGGUUGCUCGUGUUAAUGUUUUUUGAUUCAACAAAUACUUUGGUAUUUUUCUGUUUUUUGUUUAAUGGAGUAACCAAAUUCCUUUGCAAAUAUCUGAUAAAUCAUGUAAUGGGCAAUGAAGAUAGCAUUUUAGACAAACUUAAAAUUAUUCGCUUUACUUUUUUUGCAAUGAAGAUAGCAAUGAAGAUCUGUCUGGGAACCUUUUUUUGGUGAAUAUUCUGUCUGGCAGGAUUGCGACACUAAAAUUAUCUCAAUUAUUCGCUUUACUUCUGUACACUUGGACUUUUAAAUGCUCAUAGUAUAAUAUUUUCAUAUAAUCUUUGAACGACUAUUUUUGCAGGUUCAUGUGGAUUUGAUGCCAAAAAGGUAAAAUGAUUUGUCAUUUUACCUCUUUCCAGACAUGUUUUUAGAUGGUGAUCUAGAUGAUCCUUCAUUCACUCCAUUCAUUAUAGAAUGAAUUUUCAGAUAUUAAAUACUUUGAAUAAGUUGUAUGCAUGUUUUGUCUAAAUUGUUUUAGAAAUGUUUAUAUAAGUCGCCUAGCGCAUUGUUUUGAUGCUAGCUUAUACUAUGGAGAUAUAUAAUUUAGGUGUCAAAUAAGUAGCGUUAUUAACACUAGAAAGAACCUGGAAUGAAAAAUUUCGAAUUUGUAAAGCUAUUUCACAUUCUGCUCUGUUGAUACAACGGAGAAUUUUAAUCUUUUUUCCGUAACAGGCGAUAAACUGUAACCAAAACUUAUGCAUAUAAUAUAUAAUUCAGAAAAUGAUGAUUUUUUUUUAAAAAAUGUGGUGGUUUGCAUACAUUGCCACCUUUAUCAUGUUUCCUCCGAAUCAAUAUACAGUAUUGUUUGACUGUGGCAGACAAUGGAGCGUUUGUUGGCGUCUUCAUCAUCAGAUUUGGACAAAGGCAAGGAAAUCCAUCCUGAUGCUCAAGAAGUAUGACCACAAAACUAUUGAGAUCUUGAACAACAUAAAGUAGAUCUGUGAAUUGUUUGUUUUUUUCGUUCCCCAAGUUUCAUUAACCUCAUGUCCGAUCGACUUGGCCAUAAAUUUGUUAAAAUAUGUUUUUUUUAAUGUGGGGACUUGAUGCUUGAAUUUCCAUAUGUCAGUGUUGAAAGAAUUUCCUUGUUACACUGAGCCCACAAGGUUGAUAACAAAUUUAUGUGACAUAACAUGUCCUUAAAAAAUUCAAAUAAUUGUUAAUCAGUGAAUUCCCUUCAUUUUAUUGCGCUGUUGGACCUAGUCUUAGAGCCUCUCUGAAAAAUUCUUCAUCUUCCUGGAAAGCCAGGGACGGGUGCUGUUGGAAAAAUCAUUGAAGCUUUCAGGAUUGCUUAAAAUGCAUUGAUUUAAUUUUUUUAUUGGAUAUUUGAAGCUUUCUUUUGGAUUUCUGGAAGAUGUGGCUGUCCUAGGUUUAAACCCUUGGCCAGCUCAUCUUAAGAUUGUUGUGGCGUGCCACAGAUCGACUUUAACCCUUAGAAGACAGUUACUUAUUGGUUUGAGUUGGAUAGCGUGUUAGCUUUACGGUGCUUUUUAAGAAGAUGAUGCCAUAUCUAACUCAAAACUUGUUUUGUGUCCAUUCAUCAAACAAUCUCUGUCAGUCGAGUGAGCAUAUUGAGCUCCGAAUUUGGUGAUUGUUCUAUUUUGUUUCUAUUUAUUCAUAUAGUCCUGAGCCCAGAUGGCAACAUUACUUGUUAAGUAAUGCUACAUUACAAUAUCGCCUUUUAAAACUAUUCAAGUAACUGUCUAUCAUUCUUGUAAAUAGUUUAUUUUUAUAAAGCUUCUCAUUUCUAACCUGUUUUUUAAAAACUGUAUUUGUAGUUUAAAGGUAGCACCCAAACUCUAGGUCCUCAACUUUCUGAAAGAGAACUGAAACCGUCUUCAGCCGAAAGGUAUUUGCUCACGCUUCAUCUGUCUUCUUUAUUUUGUCUACAUUACCCUAAAUUCUUGAAAGUUAAUGCUUUAACCUGAGGAUUAGAUAAUUUUCAAAUAAAAAUUAAUUUUCUGCAAAGGUUUAGGUUGGUUUAGUUAAGUGCUGUGACAGUUGUAUUUUUCUGUAGAAAAUCGACCAAGUCCCGUAGCUCGCACAAGAAGAAAACCGUUCUCCAGAGGGAGAUAUUAGAAUCUUUGUUUUGUGCUCCAAAAAUAUCUGAAGAGGUGCCUAAAAGAACUCGCCUUCCAAUCGGCCUUAACAGAACCAGAAUUGUUGGACAGAAGUCUGUCUGUGCACCUUUGGAUGAUGUUGAGCCGACACCUUCAAUCAAGCUCACAAAAGAGGUUGUCAAAGGUGGUUGAUCAAUUUGACUUUACAAUAGGUUUUGUUAAUUUGUUUUUCUGAACCGCUAUUAAUGUUGCGUAGCAAUGCGAAUCCAGACACUAUUUUAUACCUUUGUUUUCUAUUUUAAAAAAACAUCAGUGUUUAUUCAACCCGACCUCCUAAUCGAGUUAAGUAUAAGUUUUUCUUCUGCUUUUAAACUCAAGGAUUUAAAGGAUUUUAGUAUAUGCAUUACAAGGUAAUCAAAUUCUGGUAUUUCAAUAUUAUGUGACCGUAUCGGGUAUGAUACAUGUUGCAUAAUCAUACUGGGCAAAUUACCGAUUAAAAAUCAGGCAGAAGACACUGUAAUGAUCCUGAAGCAUCUUUAUUCAUCAGAAAUCAAAAUUGAAAGAAACUAGGCAAAAAUCAAGAAUGUAAUAAACAAUGGAGGAUGAUAUCAGUUAAUGGAAAGUAAGAAGGGAGGGAAAGAAAAUAAAUUAGUAGAAAAAUAAUUUCUUUCUGAAGGCUGCGGUGGUUAGCAAGGAGUUUCUAGUUACAUAUUAGAGGCUCUAACCUGUGUCAGUAAUGCGUGUAACUUGAAGACAAUGUUAAUGUAAAAGGAAAACAUGCCCAAUAUAAGCGCAACAUUAUGAAGAAAAAAUGAGUUGAGACAAAUAAAAGAGGACAUUUAGGCCUCCAGAAAUAUGGAAGCCUGAUUUAUCAAAUCUAUUGUCUGUGUGAAAAAGUACUUCAAAAUGUUGAGUGACUUUGGAUGCGGCGGAAACAUGAUUUCAUACAGAAUUGUAUCCCGCAUUUUGUAUAAAAAAUAUGCCAUUCCGUAUGAAAUCAGAUGCCAUGCAGAUUUUCCACAGCUCUAAAUUUAAAUCAGAAUUUGGCAUAUUUCAUGGCUGAGCAUCGGAAUCAUGACUUUGAAUGUGAAUGGAACCUCAUUUGUGGGUUCAUAAUUAGUAGAAACUUGGAUAAGGCAUCAGAUAUCCAAUUCUUAUCCAAGUGUGUAUCGAUGCUAAAACUUUUUGAGCAUAUGCUCUGAGAGAGCAUUUAUGCCAAGUUUUCCACUAGUAUCACCAAAAACAUGGUUACAAUACUUCUCCAAGAAGGUUUAAUUGAAAACGAGAAAACUCGAGAAAAUAAUAAUAAAAUCUUGGUUUCCAGAAGGCUCGCUUUCGGAGCUCUUGAAAACUAUUGGUGAAAACUAACCAUAUUCCAGUUUGACAAAUUCAAAUUAUGGAGAUGUUUGUUUAUUUGAGGGGUAUUUUAUUGUGAUUUCAAGUUUGAUAUGAGAAAACGAUAAUAAUCUGAAUACGCACAUUCCCUUCAUAACCAGUUCAUUACAAUUUCAACUGCACUGACAUUUGACUGGCAUUUUGAGUUAAAAUUUAAGAAGAAUCACUGUCUCUGCUAUUACCUUGAAAUAUAUACUCGUGUGGAGAAAAAUAUUGAGCAGAUUGAUCUUUUCAGAUGUGUUUAUAAAUAUUUUCGUAUUUCAAUUAUUCUGUUUCCGUCCAAAAUGAACUCUUAAGUUCAAAGUUCUUUUCUCUUUCUAGAUGAGGAUGAAGAGGAUGGCUAUCUGAUCCAUAGAAGAACUGCAAAGCAGAAUUGGGAGAUGAUGAGAGAAUACUAUGAAGCUGUAAGAUUUGAUAUAGUCGAUGACCAUGUUCGACUAAGAUUAUUCAUUUUGCAAAAGUGAUGUAUCUAUAUAGUGCGGAUUCAUAAAAUUUUGCUGGCUUUUGAUAGGCUGUAGAUGCUUUUACCAAGGGUGACCGUGGCAAAGCUGAUUACCUUCAAGAACAGGUAUCCAUUCCUUUAAUCUUAUCUUUCUCUCACUUAGAACGGUUGGUUUUCGGUGGUGUGGAAAGUUACUUCUAUUCUCAAUCAAUACAGCGACCAUUUUAUUGUCUUUCUCAUGCCAGGGAAAUUUCUAUCUAAAGAUGGCUCAAAAGGCAGAUGAGAAGUCUUCUGGAUUGAUUCUUGGCAUGGGGUCAGUAUGGUUCCGUUUACAUCUUCAACACUGGGAGAACUACUACUCUAAUUGUUGUGAUGCAUUGAUUUUCUGAAAGCAGGCGAAGCCAAGAUGAUUUUGUUCUUAAUUUGCACGGGCAUCAUCCAAAGGAAGCAGUAAAACUUCUGAAAUUCCAUUUGGAAUCUCUCGCCGGAAUUCCAUGUAAAUGAUCUUCAAAUACAAAGCCAUUGGGUUAUUUGAUGACUCCCUUCUAUCUCAUGAUUUUUUCUCUCGCUUUUCUUAGCUUACCAGUGCUUGAAGGUUCUCGUGGAUGCUGAUGGUGGGGAUAUUACUAAAGGGAAAAGGAGAAAAAUGGUAAUAUUCUUUACUUCAAUUUCCGUCAACCGGCUUACUGUUAAAACGAUUCCAUUUUGUUCUUGGAAACAUAAUUAACGGUUAUGUUUUCCUCAGAAAGACAACUCUGUUUCUCUUUAUGGGGCUAAUCCUUGGUCUUUGGAAGGUUCUAAACCUUGGAGAAGAGGCACGACCUUUUUCCUGUUUCAGAAAACAUUUAAGAGUUGGCUUUCAAACAUAUUCAUAGAUGAAUGGGAUUUCUGUUUGGCCCAAAGGUUGGAAAAAAAAUACUCUUGGCAUAAUUAGAAAAUCAGGAGAAUUAUAGGCUAAAGGCCAGUCACAAAACUAAUAGAGGGCGGCAGACUACAUUGGACUAAGCGAAAUAGUAGAUCGUUGAUUCAUGAUCAUCACAUGGAAUAUUCAAAUACAUGGAUUAAAAAGUUUCUCCACCCAGAAAAAAAAAGUAGCAAUUUGUCUGUUCUCCUGAGAUCAGCUGCCAAUGUCUAAUGUUUCACUGAUUUCUGUGUUCUGUUGAAGCUAUCUUGACAUCCUAGUAAUUUUCUGUGUUCUGUGUUUCUCUCCCACCAAAUCGCCCAGAAAUGCACGUGGGGGGGGGGGGAGGCAAAAAAACACUGGUUGCUUUUAUAUGCUGGAGGCCAUAUUCUGACAGACGGCAAUUACACUAAUAGACAGCCAAAAUGACAGUUUGCUAAAUAUAUGAGGGGUUUAUUUUUAAUUUUCAAAUAAAAGUGUAAAUUUUCCAAUUUUAAAAGAGGCUUUUUUAGGGUCCCUCCUCUUGUUUGGGUGAUGCAGAGAGUGAAAUAUAUAUUCUAAAAAACUUGAUAAUACCACGAAUGCUAAAUAUGAAAAAGAGAUAUAUGGAUGUUCAUGUGAGUCACCACUGAAACAGGUUCCCUACAGAAUGGCGAUGGAUACAGGUUUGAGACAAGACUUUGUUUCCGGUGUCCUUAAAAUAGAGGGCUCUUUCCUUAUUAUUUCCUACCUUAUACUCUUAAAUAUAAAUAGAAAAAUUCAGUCAAUUAAUCAAUACACGUCUAAAUCUAAGUACGUAUCGUGCAGACAUGGACUUAUCCAAGUGCCUGCACUAUCCAUUACCUUCAGGUAGCUGUGGCGUGUUUCCUUCGAGAACUCUCCCCUUCUGCCUAA